AUGGGCACGUACAUAUUUUUUGUUCAACAUGUGCUGACUGGUGGGAAGGCGGGUCGGUUUCUUCUUCGCCUUGAUGUGCUCGUAGAGUACUUUGAUGUCCAAAGUUUUAAUGGCUAUCUUCAUAUUCCUGCUUCAAUAUGUUGUUGGCCAAAGGCUAUGUGUGAUGCUCCCUUGGAAGUAGUUACAAAUAAAUCCCUAUAUGGCCUCAAACAGGCCUCUCGCAAUUGGUACUCUAAGCUGUCUGCUGUUCUUCUCUCUGACGGAUUUCGACAAUCCCAAGCUGACCACUCUCUUUUUACUCGGCAAACUGGUUCUACAAUUCUUAUUGUUCUCGUUUAUGUUGAUGAUUUACUUCUUACAGGCAACGAUUUAGCAUCUAUUCGCCGCUUACAGGGAUUCUUGUCGAGUAAAUUUCAGUUAAAGGAUCUUGGCAAGCUCAAGUAUUUUUUGGGCAUUGAAGUGGCUCGCUCCACUGCGGGUAUUUUCAUUAAUCAGCGCAAAUAUAUUCUUGACAUCCUCGCUGAUGCUGGCCAAACAGGAUGUCGUCCAGCCUCUUCCCCGAUGGAGCAACAUCUUAAACUCACGGCUGAUAGUGGUGAACCAAUUUCUGAUCCGAGUUCUUAUCGCAGGCUUAUUGGACGACUGAUAUAUCUCACCAUCUCUCGCCCAGAUAUCACUUUCGCUGUUAAUCUCCUCAGUCAAUUCAUGCAUGUCCCUCGGGUCCCGCAUUUGGAAGCUGCUACUCGUAUUCUUCGCUACCUCAAGGGCUCCGUCUCUCAUGGCUUACUAUUUCCUACCCGUUCGGACCUCCAACUCACUGGCUACACUGACUCAGAUUGGGCCAGUUGUCCUAUGACUCGGCGCUCCACUACGGGUUAUUUCAUCACCCUUGGAGGUAGCCCCGUCUCCUGGCGCACAAAAAAGCAAAGUGUUGUCUCCCGCUCUUCCGCCGAAGCUGAAUAUCGGGCCAUGGCUUCCACCACUUGCGAAUUACUAUGGCUCAAAACUUUACUUUGUGAUUUAGCAGUCCCUCUUUCAUCGCCAAUCAAGCUAUAUUGUGACAACCAGGCAGCCUUACACAUUGCCCAAAACCCAGUUUUCCAUGAGCGCUCCAAGCACAUUGAGAUCGACUGCCACCUUGUCCGUGAACGAGUACAACAAGGCCUACUUCAGCUCCAUCACAUUGCCUCAGCGAACCAACUAGCAGAUGUUUUUACCAAAGCUUUGGGUGUUGACCACUUUCGUCUCCUGACAUCCAAGCUGGGCAUUACAUCCCUCCAUGCUCCAUCUUGA